AGCAGAGAAAAGUGGCAGGAAAAUGGAGGGAGAGACAGUGAUAUACCUGCAACUGCACAAGCUAUCAACCAUAAAGUCCCAAGAAGACCUCCAACACAUCCUCUCCACUCUUUGGAAUACCAGAAAAACCGGUCUCUCUGGCCCCAACAAAUCUUCCCUUCAGUCUCUCCUCAAUCUUCCUUCCUCCUCCGAACUCGAUCCUGUUCUGGCAUGCCUUCGUUCACUUAUCAGAAAAUGUGUAAAUGAGAACUUCACCGGUGAUGAUAUUCUGAAGCUCUUUCCACCUGAUCUGCCUCUUGAUUUGCAAAGCACUCUUAUUCUGUUAUUCCAGAAAUAUCAGGACCAGUGGAAAGAAGAAAUGUCCAGAGAGCAGCAUCUAUUGCCAAGGACUAGUGUCUCCCACCAGGUCAAUGUGGGUUUUCUACCUUCUUUCACAUCUUUCCCCCUAACAGAAAAUUUUGCAUCACUGUGGCCUCGGCAAGAUGAUCCCAUUAAUCGGUUUAGUCGAAAUGAUUUUGGGGCUUCUACACCAAUCACUGCUGAAAUUAGUCUGUCACACAUGGCUUCGAUCCCUCUCCAGCCAAAUGUUGGUCCUACUGACAAUCUGGUAUGUUGAAAUAAAAAGUUAAUUUUU